GCAGUUCGAGUUUCCAUACCGUCUCUAGAAGAUUCCUCGUUUGUAUCGUUCCUCUAACCCCACAUUUUUUCAAAGACCUAUUACAAUUUAAAACUUUAAAACUUUGUCAAGCGUUGGGUGUUGCAAAAAAAUUUAAAGUUUGACUCGUUUUCCGUUUUAAGAUAGUUUUUCUCCGCUUUCGAGCGAAGAAAAAUAAUCCUAUUUGUUUGGUAUCUCAUUCGUGUUUUGAUUCGACAACGUGGUGACGUCGUUCGUGUCGUGCGUCACAUAAGCAAGAACAAUUCUACAGUAAAUUUGACUAGAGAAGAAGUAAAAAAAAACUGAUCUCACGCAGCUUCUACACGCUAGUCUCUGAAACAAUCCACGCGCUCAAAUCCUAAUUUGUUGCCAUCAUCAAACGAAAUGGAUCUUUAUUCCGAAGUAGCUGACGCACCAAUCGAUGAUGUAGAAGCUCCUGUUGGGAAAGAAGCUGAAACAAAUGGCACCAGCACGCAGGUAGACUCGUCGGUUAUGUCAUCUUCGGCUUCUGUUGACGAGAGACUGACAAGGCGGGCCAAGAGGCCGUCAAAGUACCUGAUGAAGCAUCUCAACAAGGAAGGCAGUAGCAGCCCGAACGGACAAAAUGGCAGUGGAGCCGAAGGAUCUGCUACCGGACUUGUCAACGGGAUUCGAACGGUCAAAAAUCUUCGACGACCCAGAAAUGGCUAUGGCAGAGGUCUUCCGAAGAAAGGCGGUGCCGGAGGCAAGGGCGUUUGGGGUAAGCCCGGUUCUGAGCUGGAUGUUCCCGAAGUAAUGGAUGAGAAAGAUCCCAAUUACGAUUCCGAUUCAUUGGACAAUGGCGACGUGAGAAUCGAAACUAUCGUUCCACAACUGACACACGCCGAGAUUAAUAAGCACUUGGAGCCUAUCAUUCUAGAAUACUACGGUCACGGCGACACGAAAGAGGUGGCUCUGGCGUUGGAAGACUACAAUUUUGGCGAAAAUCGCUAUUUGAUCGCCGUAGUGGCUAUCGAGCUGGCCAUGGAUCAUAAGCCGUCCAAUCGGGAGAUGACUUCCGUCCUGCUUUCGGAUCUCUACACGCACUUUUUGACGGAGCGUGAAAUGGAAAAGGCGCUGGAUCAGUUGCUGCGCAACUUGCCCGAUCUGGUCCUCGACACGCCAGACGCUCCGACCAUUCUGGGCAAUUUCAUCGCCCGUUCUGUCGCCGACGAUACUUUGGCGCCCCGUUUCUUGCAAAACUAUCAGGGCAAAGUUGAAUGUGAUUUGGCCAAGCAAGCUCUGGCUAGGGCGGAUGUUUUACUGUCGAUGAAGCACGGUAUGACUCGUCUGGAUAAUGUUUGGGGCGUCGGUGGAGGACUGCGCCCGGUGACAUCAUUGGUUCGCUCGAUGGGCCUUUUAUUGCAAGAAUAUCUGACAUCUGACGAUACUAAAGAAGCGGCUCGCUGCCUACGGGAAUUAGAAGUGCCCCACUUCCAUCACGAGCUGGUCUACGAAGCGGUUGUGCUGGCACUGGAGGCCGUCAACGAAGAGACGGAGAAUUCCGUCGUUAAACUGCUCAAGUCAUUUUACGACAGUACCAUUGUCACUCCAGAUCAGAUGAAAAACGGAAUUUAUCGCGUUUUGGAUGACCUGGAUGAUAUUUGCCUAGAUGUACCCAAUGCGGCAAUGUACCUGGAACGGUUGGGCGGUAAGUGCAAAACCGCUGGACUAAUCGACGAAGCUAUGUUGCAAAAGUGCAAUGCUGCUAGAGGGCGUAAACGUUUCGUCUCCGAAGGCGAUGGUGGACGUUUCAAAGAUUAAAAGAGACGUAUCCCUUACCUUUUCUCGGGUGUGUCCAGUUAACCCUGGGAAAAUCAAAUCCUUCACACUGGAUAGUAGAAAAUCCAGAAGCUGGGAGAGAAAGGAGGUGAGAUAGUGCGUGUCAGGUGUUGAGUGUUUUAAGAAGACAUACAAAUAACCGAUACAUUUUGGUUAUAUACCUAAACCCACCCCUCAUUCUUGUUAUGACCUCUACCCUUACACCACUCUAUUUUUUGUUUUUUUCUCACAUUUCUCUUUUCCGGUGUUAAUCUUGGCAAAAAAAAUUAACGGAAUGUUUCUCCCAUUUUUUUUUUAUUUACUCAAAGAUUUCAUGAAAGGUUUGGAAGUUAAAUAAACCAGAUGUUUUGAUCUUUCAAA